UAUUCUGUGAACAUUAAAAACAAAAUGGUUUCCUAACCUACUAUUUUUCUGGCUAAAAAUAAAUAUUUUCUAUCCGAAGAAGUGCAAUAAGUGUUUAGCUUGCUCUAGUUUAAUAUUUUCAUAAAAAUUAAUGAGAUAUUGCUAUCUAUCAACAUGGCAGACUCUGUCAAUAUGUCUUUAGAUGAGAUCAUCAAACAAAAUAAAUAUCAACGCGUUAGCCGAACUCGUGGUCGUGGAGGCACAGCCGCGCGCGGGCGAGGAGGUGCCGGCCGCGGCCGCGGUGGAGGCGCGCCCAAUGCUGGUCGCGGGCGCUCGCAGUCGAGGGGCCGCUCUCAGUCGCGGGGUCCCCAAACCCGGAGCCGCUCUAAGUCGCGUGGACCACAGAACCGUGGCCGUUCUCAGUCACGAGGACCACAGAACCGAGGCCGCUCUCAGUCGCGAGGUCCGCAGAACAGAGGCCGCUCCCAGUCUCGCAACCGCUCCAGAUCCCGUCAGCGCUUCCGUUCUAACUCGGGGGCUCGUUCUAUAUCAAGGGGGCGACGCGGUUUGACGCCCAGAGGCAGAGCUGGUCUUGAAGAUGUGGAUUUGAAGAUUCCACCUCUAAAGCAAAGAUUUAACAGAGGACAGCAACAGGCAAAUGGUCUUCGCAGAUCAAAUUCUAAUCCUAACCUAAGAGGUGGGGUUCACAGCCGCCUUGGGGUUAAUCAACGAGGAAAACCUCUUGCUGUGGCCAAAAGAGGUAUCUCUAAGCGUGGAAGAGGUGGUUUCACCACAAAUAACCGGUUCAGUGCUGUAGGAUUAAGAUCUGAUCAAAUGCUACAAGAGCAAAGAAGAAAUUUGCAGCAAAAUAUGAUAAAAUCUCAGACUUUCACAAGGUCUAGAUCCAGAUCCAGAUCAAGGAACAAUUCUUUCAGUGCAGCUUCCCAAUUAACUGUUAGUGUCCAAAACAACUUUGCCAACCGGCGUCGCAACAGUGUUGGUAAUGGAGGUUAUUUGACAAGACAAAAUCUAGCUCAGUUGAAUAAUCAGUUUGGAGGGUAUAACACUAGAAGUGGGCCUGGUAGCGUCAAGUCGAUGGGAUCAAACAGAUCCAACCGUUCUUACAAAAGUAAUGUCAGCAACCGUUCAACAAGAUCAAGAGGAAGAGGUGCAAACAGAGGAGGAAACCGUGGAGUUGGUAGAAAAUUUAUUAAUAAACAAGUUUUAAAUCCAAAACUUCAGAAGGAAAUAGCUGAUAUUCAGGGUAAAUCUUCUGCAGGUGGCUCUGUGUCUGGAGAUCCACCUAAUGGCAUCAACAACUUCUCGCCAACACCAGCAGCUACUAGGCAAACUCUUCAUGAAAGGUUUGCCAGUUAAUUAUAUUAUUUCAUCUUUUGACAGACUGAACUAAAGAAGUUAUCUCAGUUGAAUAGUGUUAUAAGGUUUAAAAUGAACAUUCAGUGAUGUGGUUUGCAGAAACUAUCAACCUAAUAUCUUAAUUGAAUAGAUCAUACUUUGACUUAUGUAUGUAUUUCUUCUUUGAGAUAGAAAUGAGUACAACUUUGUAAAGGUAUUUUUCGUAGUUAUGUAAGGAAAUCUAUUAGGUUAAGUUAGAGUUUAUCUCAUUUAAAAUAUUAACAUGUUUGCAUAAUGUGUGUAAGAUUGAAUUAGUUUUUUAUAGUUUCUUGUUAUUUGCUUUGCAAUUGGACAACUUUUUAAGUGCUUCUUGCAACUUAUUAAUGACUUAGUAUUUGGUUUAAGAUACCAACUUAUAUUUUCUAACAUUUCUAGGCUGUGGUGGAAAAAUUCACAAUUAAUUGUGUUUUUACCAAGCAUCCCUUGUACCUCCUAGGAUAUUUUUUAAUUAUAAUUUUUUGUUGUAAGACAAUUUUUGUUUUUAUUCAGUAAUAAAAAUACAGUAACAAUAAGUUUA